AUGGCCACGAGCGAGAGCCCCUUGGACGCCAUCCGGCUCAGCGAGUGUGAGAAGACGGCGGUGCUGACGCUGAUCAGGGAGGAGAUCAUCGCCAAGGAGGUGGAGGCAAACGAGUGGAAGAGGAAAUACGAAGAGAGCCGCCACGAGGUCCUGGAGAUGAGGAAAAUCGUGGCCGAGUACGAGAAGACCAUUGCCCAGAUGAUCGAGGACGAGCAGAGGACGACCAUGACGUCCCAGAAGAACCUGCAGCAGCUGACGAUGGAGAAGGACCAGGCCCUGGCAGACCUCAACUCGGUGGAGCGGUCCCUGUCCGACCUCUUCAGGAGAUACGAAAACCUGAAGGGGGUCCUGGAGGGCUUUAAGAAGAAUGAGGAGGCUCUGAAGAAGUGUGCUCAGGAUUACUUAACCCGGGUCAAGCAAGAAGAGCAGCGGUACCAGGCCCUGAAAGUCCAUGCAGAGGAGAAAUUGGACAAAGCCAACGAGGAGAUCGCUCAGGUCCGCGCCAAGGCCAAGGCAGAGAGCGCGGCGCUGCACGCAGGGCUGCGCAAGGAGCAGAUGAAGGUGGAGUCCCUGGAGAGAGCCCUGCAGCAGAAGAACCAGGAGAUCGAGGAGCUGACCAAGAUCUGCGACGAGCUGAUCACUGAGCCCGCCGCCCUCGCCCAGCCCCUGCACUCGGCCGCUUUCCUC